AUUCCUCGCUUUAACCCUCAACGCAAGAAAUUUGUACAACUCAAUUCAACAUGGCAUCCCACAAGCGUCCACGACUUACACCCACCCAAUUAGCCGCCAUGAUGAACGACUACUACACCUUCUUGACUACUUUCUACAUACCGUCUUCAGCAUUGAAACACCCGCCUGCAGGAGGAUGGCCAAACAUUACUGCGGAGGCGACAAUAAACCUGGACAAAUCGCCUGUUGUCAUUGAGGUCAUGAAGCAUUUGCCGUACAUCGAUGAGGCAGAAUCAGGCGAAAUGAUCACAAACAUACACUACAAGAGCGACGUGGUAGAUUACUCUACAUACACAGCAGAGGACUUCGAGAGCUAUGAUGUAUCGUAUGGGGAAGACGGACUCAAAGUUUGCGUUGAAGAGAUGGAGGAGCGAAGAAGAGAAGAAGAAGAAGAAAAUCAUCAGGAGGAUGAGAACAACGACACAAAUAAAGAUGAAGAGAACAACAACAACGAGGAUGAAGAGGGCAGCGAAGAAGAAGAAACCAAUAGCGACGAUGAGGAUGCUCCGAAUGACGAAGGUUACAGUUCUGACGAAGAAGAAGACUACGGUGACGAUCCGGAUGAUGUCGACAUAAAAAACAUCCUUCUCUUAUCCAUGGGCUACGAGUCAGGCGGUCGGAUCCUCCUCCUAGACGUGCACAAGGGCAUCAUCCACGAAGAUAUUGUUCGCUGCAACCUAGUUUCUGGCGUAUGGAUAGAAGACUUCUUCAACGAUAUGAAGGACAAGCUACGAAGUUUGGAGUGCGUACCCGUGCGAGGCGAGUUCUACGAGGGCGUGCCCGAAGUGGAGGAUGAUGGGCCGGUGCCCGAGACAGCGGACCCGUCUUUGGAAGAUUAUGAUGAGGAGCAUGUGAAGGUAUUUAAGAGGAUUUAUCGGAAGUUUGGGUGGCCUGGAGAGGGAUAUAGGAAGAAUGAGGCGUUGGAGGCGGUGGAGAAGUAUCGAGCGAGUAUCUGUGAUGAUUGAUGCGGAGAUGGCAGCGGAGGGUCGAAUUGAUAGAACGAAUUGAGAACAGAUACUACA